AUGUCAACUCGUAGAUAUGCUUUUGGAAGGGUAGAUGAGGCCACUCAUCCUGACUCCAUGAGGGCCACUUUAGCUGAAUUUGCCUCCACUCUCAUCUUUGUCUUUGCUGGAGAAGGCUCUGGCCUUGCUUUGGUUAAGAUUUACAAGGAUGCAGCUUUCUCAGCAAGUGAAUUAGUGGCAAUUGCACUUGCACAUGCCUUUGCUCUCUUUGCUGUAGUGUCUGCUAGCAUGCAUGUGUCUGGUGGCCAUGUCAACCCGGCUGUGACAUUCGGUGCUCUUCUUGGGGGCAGGAUCUCUGUGCUUCGUGCCAUAUACUAUUGGAUUGCUCAACUUUUGGGUUCUAUAGUUGCUGCACUCUUACUCAGGCUUGUCACUAAUAACAUGAGACCAUCAGGGUUCCAUGUGGCUCCGGGGGUUGGAGCUGUACACAUGCUUAUACUUGAGAUUAUCAUGACAUUUGGGCUUAUGUACACAGUAUAUGCCACUGCAAUUGAUCCAAAAAGGGGUGCUGUUAGCAACAUUGCACCUUUAGCAAUUGGGCUCAUUGUUGGGGCAAACAUCUUUGUUGGUGGGGCAUUUGAUGGGGCAUGCAUGAACCCAGCACUGGCUUUUGGGCCUUCCUUGGUGGGCUGGAGAUGGCACUACCACUGGAUCUUCUGGGUGGGCCCAUUGAUUGGGGCAGCACUGGCAGCACUCUUGUAUGAAUAUGUUGUGAUCCCAACUGAGCCCCCUCAUACACACCAACCAUUGGCUCCUGAAGAUUACUAG